UACUCCUCUGAAAGACUCUGACCUGUGUGUGGGAAUUAUACUUGUGGUUUUGUUUUUAGUCAUAUCUCGCUAAACAAGCAGUGGUUUAUGAAAUUUGCAGCCAGAAUAUAAAACUCGUGCAGAACUUUUACAAUCUCUUAUUCUCAUCAGGUUCAGAUGCUUGAAUCUUCUGCUGUUUUGUCUCGUCUAUCACAGCGGAAUCACCUCUAUAUCUGUGUCAGGAAAAAAGGGAGGAAACGUCACACUAACAUGUGAAUAUGAGGCCAAUAAAAUUGUUCAGAUUGAGUUAUUCAGUGAGUCAGAAGAAAUUGAUGUGUGUCAGGAUGAAGAAUGUAGUGGACGAGCGUUUAAAGAAGGAAACUGUGACGUCGUCAUCAAGAAUCUGAUCUUCAGUGACGCUGGGAAAUACUUUAUGAGAAUCUAUUACAAUAAUGAUCAGACAGAGCUGAAGCGACAAAUCAGGACGUACCAACUUCAUAUUCAUGAUGAGAUUACUGUGAAAAUAGGCGAGGAGCUGGAGUUGGAUGUUCUGUUGUCUAAUGCUGAUAAAGUGGAUACAAGCUCUAGUGGAGAGUGGAGGGAGGUUUGGAGCAGAACUGAUGGGGUUCAGAGCGAUCGACUGAAUGACACUGAUGGGAAUCUGAUCUUUAAAGCGUUUCUGGCCAGUGAUGCAGGAACAUACAGAAUUCUGGACACUGAAGGAGAAAUCUUGAUCACAGUGACAAUCACAGAAUCAAAGGAAAAACUGGAAACUGAACAACACAGGAAUUGGAUUGUGCCAGUUGUAGUGUGUUUGGUGAUUCUGGUGGUUCUGAUUGUGAUUUCUGUCAUCAUAUGGCGACGUCAGCACAGAGGUCACACACAGGUUCCAGCAGAGGAGAAUCCAGAGCCCCCACAGGAAUUGGAGGAACUAUAAUGAUCUUCACUGAACGUGACUCAACUGCACAGGGGCCCUGAACACCUGGAGAUAGGUGAUCUGUGUU